AUGCCAUCAAUAUGUCUUGAAUGUUCAAAUGACAGUGAGUGUAUCUCAUGGGAAUUGAUUACUAGACAUUUAGAUUCAGAUCUAAAGAAAUGUUUGUGUAAUCAUGAAUUUUAUGAAACAAAUUAAAAAAAUUGUUAAAGUAUAAUUUUUUGAUUAUUUUAGAAUACCAUUUCUCAUGUGAGACCUGUGAAAAUAUGAAUACUUGUUUAAAUUACUUAAAAGACUAUAAUCGAAUAUCAACAAAUAAUAAGUGCUUAUGUUUAGAUGGUUAUUAUGAUGUUGGAAUUAAAUUAUGUUAGAAAUACGAUACUAUUUGUAAAACUUGUUAGUUU